AUGGCGAGCAAACAGGCUUGCCACGUGGCGUGCAGAGACAGUAGCAUUGAUCAUGAAGUAUCUGCUGCGAAGGCACGGCGAGCGCGGCGAGCGUUGAGGGGGCUCGUGAGGCUGCAGGCGCUGGUGCGAGGCCACCAGGUACGGAAGCAGGGGCACACGACCCUGCGCUGCAUGCAGUCUCUCUUCCGUGUGCAAGCCCUUUCCGCGACCGACGCCACAAGGCGGCCGCGCGAUUGCCACCGCCUCGACCUGGAAGAAGACGACGAUGAGGAUGGCGAAGGGGAAGGUCCAGGCAAUCGGCCUAUUUGCGCGAUCCAGAGCCCGUUGAAGGACUGGGAUGGACGGCAACAGAGCGUGGACGCCAUCUCCGCUGACUCCCAGAGCAAGCAUGAAGUAGGCAGCGAGAAAGCCCUCGCUUACGCUCACACUUGCACUGAUCAGUGGCCGCCGGAGCAAGCGAAGCCCCAGUGGCGAUGGAACUGGCUGGAGCAGUGGAUGGCUGUUGAGCAGUGGGAGGCACGUCAUGGCACGCCUCGGCCACCCCCCUUGAGCUCCGACGUCAGGGCCACGGCGGGCAUGGAAGGCGGCCUGUCGGAGAAGACCGUCGAGAUGGACCUUGGAAGAGUCAGCCCAUUCCAUCCAGCCACGCACUAUUCCUACCACUCUAAGGAUGGGCCCGUCCGAUCACGGGCGGCGAUGGCGGCCACGCAGUCCGCCAAAGCCAAUGCGCGGACCCAGUCGCCACCGCAGGCCAUGACCAAGACAUGGACUAGGAGAUCGCACUCAGGUAAUGUUGCCGAUUCAUCAAGCUCCAGUGGGGCACACCAAUGUAUCUGGCUGAUCGAAGCCCCGGCCACAUCGACGGAGUUGGGCUUAAUGCGCAGAGAAGGAAGCACACCGGUUACAACCCGGACUCCAGCUGCGACUGAGAUCACCACACGCCGCCGCACUGAAGAAGAUGAUUGAGGAUUUCAGUAAACGUUUGAGUUCUUUAAAUUGAUUUGACUCUAUAGUUUAUUAGAUUACUGAAGACCUCUCUGAUAAUUCUUGAAUCAAG